AUGCAGGAUGAGUUAUUAGAAAAGGCAAUCCCUCUUUCAGAGUACAAUGCACAGUUGGAAUCCCUAGGAGCCAAGCCCCCGUCUGCAGCCUCAGAAGGCGCGAAUGGGCGAAGACUGGACGAAGCAGCGGAUGAUUAUUAUAUGAACGAACAAAACAUGUACAGCUUUAGUGGGUACUCUCUCAAGUAUGCCAAAUGCCAACCAAUUCAACAGUUCUCUGAGGAAGCCCUUGAAGCAGGGGAAUACUCUCCAAUGGUAACACAGGAUGUUGUCAUUCUUCGGCUGUGUCCGUACAAGUCUUGUUCUUCCAGUCGGCAGUACGGCUGUCAUUACAACUACGCCGAGUAUGCCAUUGGCCUCUACGACUACAUUCGAAUCAUGCUGCGCUACAAGGCAGACAAGAAAGAAAGUCUCUGUGAAUGGUGUGCGGAAUGCCUAAACAAUAACAACAACCGUCGAAGACUGGAAGAGGACGGACAACAAGAAGAACAGCAAGACGGUGAUGAAGAGCAAGACGACAACAACCAGAAUGAUAACAAUAAUGCACAAAACAACAACGGUGGUGAUGACUUCUACAAGUACGAUGGUGAUGACGACGCCUACCAGAACAACAAUAACAACAAUGACGAUGGCGGAAACCAGAAUGAUUACUACUACGAUGAGAAUGAUGAGUGCUACUCAUACGGAUCCUACUGUGAAAACUACUACUAUGACUGCCAAGACAAUGAUAACCAACAGCAGCAGAACUAUUACCAAGAUGACUACGCUUACUACCAACAGCAAAAGUACAUCGACGAGGAUGAGUACUUUGAUUAUCUGGGAUGUACUGAGCUAGCCGACCAAUACGGAGGAAUUUACUUUGUGCGACCCACUUGUGAUACAUCCCAAGAAAAGAUCACAUUUGCUGUCUACUACGACGAAUACUGCUCCCAAUCAGCGGCGAAUCGAGUCAACAUGGAUAGCUUCGAGAUUGCCUUUGACGAAGGUGUCUUUGAAGAACUCAACGAAGGCGCUUGCUUUGAUUGUUCCGAAAGUAACUACCCCCCUGGUUUCAAUGCCAACAGCUACAUGUGCAACAUGAUUCACGAUGUAGCCGCCGAUUGUACCACCAACAUGGUCUACGACCUCUUUGACGGUCAACAGAGUGAUUCCACCGAGUGUUCCUUCAUUGAGAGUAUCCGAUUUGGAACUUACGAUUCAAACGGAGAGAUUGCAAUGGAAGCAACCGAAGACGCCGAGGAAGUUGUGACCGAUCUCCAGAAGGCUGGCCUUGUACUCUCUGCCUUUGUCUGUGCUGUCUUUGUCGUUUAUGCUUGCUACUUGCACCACUCCAUGACCAACCUUCUCAUCAAGUCUCUGAGUCACCGAGAAUUGUUGCCGCCCUCGAGGCACAGCAAACGCCGCAGUCCAAGUAAGCCCAAGCGCAGACGAUCAUCGAAAGGCUCAAAAGGAAGCCGACGCGAUGAAGACGACGACGACGAGUGGGAUCGUAGCAAGCCUCUGCGGUCGCCAGUUUAG